UGGUAGGCUGAAUAUCUCAGUGCAGUGUUCUAACAACAGUCAGUUGAUAAAACUGUAGGUAGAACUCUCCUUAGUCUACAGACAGAGCUGUUAAUCGGAUUGCUUUUAAGCACAUUAUGUGUUAUUAUUUCGGACGCAAACAAUAUCGCCAAACUAUCCAGUGCGGUAUUAAUGUUUUAGUGCUACUGCAACAUCGGGUUUCUCUGCUCUCUAUUAUUUUAAUUUUUGGGAUGACGUCCUAAAGUAGGCUGGCCCCAGGCGAACAACACAAUCGGAUUUAACCGCCAUGGUAUUUGUUUAUAGUAGUAGGCUGAUAGUAUGAAGUUUAAUGGCUAACUGAGGAGAGGUUUUUAGAUCACUCCCUAUUUCAUCCUGAAUACUUGAAUUUUUGCGCGGGUUCUUUGUUCAGAGUGUCUUCAAAAUGGCACUGAUGGCAGAUGUCUUUCUUAAAAGAGGCUGCUGUCUGCUGGACAGGGCACUGAGCAAAUCCCCAGCCUCACCAGGAGGGUUUUGUGCUUCCAAACCAGGUCUCUUAGCAGCAGGACUGCACAUGGGGUCCCUACAAAGGCAGCUGAAUCAUAACAUAAUUGGAAAAAUGAAGGUUGAAGCACAAGCCUUACUCCGUGGGAUGAAUAGUCUCCAUCUCAUCUCCUGUGUUUGUCCUGAAUCUUUUGCAAGUCCUGGAAGGAAUCCGGUGUAUUGUAGACAGACGAAACUUUCUGUGUUAUCUGCCAUUAAGCCACUCCAUAUUCAAAGUUUGUACAGAGUCAAGGAACAAAUUCAUUGUACUUGUGGCUUCCUUGGUUUAGUUGGAACUAUGACUCAUUCUCGUUUUUUCCAUCAAAACCCUUCAGCUGUUGGAGGUCUGACUGCAGAGGACAUUCGAAAAGCUAGAGAGACAAAAGUGGCUCAUAUUCAGCCUCAUAAACAGAUGCUGAGUGAAAGGGCACGAGAGAAGAGAGUACCAGCAACUCGCCUCGGAAGACUGGCAAAUUUUGGAGGCUUGGCAUUUAGUAUUGGGAUUGGUACUGUCGUUGAGGCAGUUAAGAAGUCAUUCCGAGACGAACAUAAUGCUGGGAAAAAGGCUAUUUUGACCUCUUCUGCAUUUCUUGCCCAACACAAUGCGUCUGAAAUUCUCCAGACUUCGUGCCCACUGAGUGGAGCACAGCUACAGUUUGACUUUGUUUGUUCUGUUUCAGAUGAUGCAGUCAUCAAUCCUACAUUACAGAGGAUCUUUGAGCGAGUACGGCACAGUGCAGAUUUUAUGCCUACAAAGCAAAUGUUGAAAGUUCUCCAUAGUGAGCUUGGUCCAAACUGGCGAAAUCAGCUGGAGUCCUUUGAAGAGCGUCCUUUUGCUGCUGCAUCGAUUGGGCAAGUUCACAGAGCUAAGAUGAAAGAUGGGCGAGAGGUGGCUAUGAAGAUACAGUAUCCCGGUGUUGCUCAGAGUAUUGACAGUGAUGUCCGAAAUCUUAUGGCUGUUCUCAGCCUAAGUAAUGCAUUACCAGAAGGUAAGAACCUAUUUAUUUGUGCCAAAUUAGUCCUCCAUCAAAGCUCACUGUACAAUAUUUCCAGUUUUCAUAGGGACUUGGUGAAAGAUGACCCAUUCUUUUACGUCCCAGCUGUGAUUGAUGAUUUAAGUAGCAUGAGAGUUUUGACUACUGAACUGGUUCCUGGAUUUCCACUGGAUAAAGCUGAAGGGCUGGACCAGGAUAUUAGAAACAAGUUGUGUUAUAAAAUUCUGGAGUUGUGUGUUCGAGAGCUUUUUGAAUUUGGGUUUAUGCAGACUGAUCCUAACUGGUCCAACUUCUUCUUUGACCCUGAAACUGGAAAGGUGGCCCUCCUAGAUUUUGGAGCAACAAGAAGCUUUGAUAAAAAAUUCACAGAUCAGUACAUAGAGAUUAUUAAAGCUGCAGCGGAUAGAAACAGAGAGAAAGUGUUGCAGAAAUCCAUUGAUCUUAAUUUCUUAACUGGAUAUGAAACAAAGUUAAUGAAGGAUGCCCAUGUCGACGCAGUGAUGAUCCUAGGAGAAGCCUUCUCGUCUUCUGAACCCUUUGACUUUGGCAGCCAGACCACAACCCGACGCAUUCAUAACAUCAUCCCCAUCAUGUUCAAAUACCGUUUGACUCCUCCUCCUGAGGAAACUUACUCUCUUCAUCGCAAGAUGUCAGGCUCCUUUUUGAUUUGCACAAAGCUGCGAGCCAAUAUCCCCUGCAAGUCCAUGUUUGAUGAGGCCUAUUCCAAGUAUUGGCAGGCCAGGCCUAAGUAAAAAUAAAUAAAUAAAUUAAAUAAAAAAGUCUGUAGCCAAAGGAUCAAUUUGCAAGGCUUUUAAGGUGUUUCCCAAUAUAUUUCCUUCUGUCUGCCAUUUGUCUUCCUAUCUUUUCUCACUGUUUUAAACUGCCAAAAACCAUGAAUUUUUUUAAUACUGGAGCCCUGUCAGAUAAGAUUAAUUUGAACUGGAAGAAUACUGAAGACUUGUUCGUAAGAUAUGCUCAUCUUGCAAUUUUUGGCUCUGGGAUCAGUAGUGCAUGGUGCUUCAACUCUUAAAUGGAGUGAAACAAUCCAGCUGACGUUUAAUGUGGUGUGGGGAAUGGACAGUGAAGAUUCCUCCAGGAUUUCUUCCAUAUGGUUUGGACUUUGGGUGGUCCUUGCUUCAAAUUGAAGCACGACGUGUAUUUGUGUUUUAAAAACUAUAUGCUGAAAAAUGAAAGCUGCUUAAAAUAAGCAAACCCUUAGUAAAAACAGACUAAUUUGACAGUUUUGGCAACCCCAAAAUUUAAGUUUAAGUAUUAGUAUCUGUUUGGGGGCCUUUAAACACGUUGAUUUUGUGUUGUCUCGUGGGAUACACAAACACAGUCUGAUACAGCUGUCUUCACAAAAUUAUGCAUUAUCCGCAUAUACUGUUGUCAUCUUCUUGGUCAUUUGGCUUUACUUGCCUUGAGCACUACAAGGAAGAAAUGCCAGAGCAGAGACUUAGUAAAUGUCCUCUUAAGGUCUUUUGCGCUUGAACAGAAAGCACUUGUGUGUUCUCCAGCUGAAGUUGGAUUCUUUGUUGCUAGAUCUAGUUCUCAGAAUUGUAAUUGUUCAUUAUACUCCAGUGAUGCAUACACUGGUCAAGUUUCCUCUGUCAGUGAAUUGUAAUAUUAUUUUGGCUUCUCUUUAAAGCAGAAUUUUAAGUGUUUAGAAAUCCGGACAGUUGAACUGAAGUACUUGAAAUUAACUGAAAGUGAGCUAACUAGAUCUGGUAUGUAACACAGCAGUCACUGGCAGAGUAGAAGGUGCAAGAACUGGGUAUACUCGUCUGUUCUAGUCGGAACUUUGAAAGAGUUGAUUGACACGUUACAAAAUGUGAAAAUUUGAGAAACAGUGUUAACUUUGGCUGCUGCACUGAGGUAAUACAAGUAAGUGAAACUCAACACCAGUUUCUCAGUUUGUCAAGCCCCGAGUUACUCAGUUAAGUUGUUAAUUUUUUCCCCUCAAAUCUGGAAGGUUUGCUGUGUUGUAAAGUUCAUUGCCAGUUCAGUAGCUCUUCCUGCGUAGACACUGACAUUAUGUAGAAUAGAACUUUUUUUUAGAAAACUGCUUCACUGAAUGUCUUGUUUUUAUUGAUAGGUUUUGCGAGUGUCAGUGUUUAGACUGCAUUGUAUAGAAAGUGGUAGUGAAGCAAAGCUGUUUUGAGAAUCCUUAUGUGGGGUCUGUUAAUUGAUGUAGGCUGAAUGCAUGUGUAAGAUAAUGUGCAGAUCCUAUAUCCACUUUGUAUUUUCUACAGGAAUUGAACUUGUGUUAUUGUCAUAGAAUGCCAGUGUCAUAUUUGCAGAUGUAAAACUACACCAGCUUGCUGACACCUGUUGGGCUCACAUAACAUCUGACUUAGUGUAUCCUGCAUGCCCAAACUAGAUCACAGUUGUAUUGGAAGCAGAGCACUGGAGAUGUGGGAAGCCCUGAAAAUGUGCAGCUGUUACUCCCAACUCCAGUGCUGUCUGAAAAAAACAUCGAAGGGGCUGAGAUAGCACUUUAGAGAUACUGAUUAUAAUAUACCAUACCAGUGUAGAGUAGGAGGGGAGAAUGCUGCUUUAAUUGCUGCAUCUGGAAUUCACUUUCUUUGCCUUGCCUUGGUAUAGUGGAAUAGUGAUCGGGCUAAGAAGGUAUCUUCUAUGAAAGAGGGUGUGCCCACACAUUAUCUGUAAAUGCAUAUAAAUCCAGCAAUGUGCUUCGCUUGUCUUGAAGGGGCCUAAUUGCUAAAUUAAAUAGGAACCAGUUUUAUAAAUUAUUGCAUAGGCUCUAACUGAUACAAACUUCUGCCAGACUAGGAGUUAAUUUUUAUGUGCAACAAAAGGUAUUCACUGGCAUAAACUCCAUUUCCAGUUUAUUUUCUUCAUGUUAAUUUCACAGCUGUAGUUUCCAGUUCUGCGAAUUUAAAGUCUGUAUUUUUUCAUCAUAAGAAGAUGUAAAUGAACAUUUUUGUGACCUCUUUCUUCUCUGGAUUUGCUAUAGUGGACUGUAAUUUUUUUACAUUUCUAUACAUUAAUGCAUCAUUUAUGUGGCUCAUCUGAUCACUUGUCAGUUGUCACACAAGUAUGGUGCUAGUUACAGAACAAAAUUUAUAAACAGUAGGUUGCUUUUCUAUAACAUAAUCCUGAUUUUAUAAUAUGUAUUUUUAUCACGUAGAAGUAAAGAUAAUUUAACAUUUUA